AGUAUGAGACAUAUAAGCAGGUAUAAGGACCAGUCCUCACCUGAACAGGUUGACGCUGCUCCUCUCCUGUGCUAUGAACUUCCAGUCCUACCCCCACGACACUCAACAGUGUGCUAUGAAGAUCGAGAGCCUGUCCCACACGACCGACGACCUCAUCUUCGUGUGGGAUCCGCUGGUACCACUCGAGGUGGACGACAGGAUAGAACUGCCUCAACUUGACCUCGUCUCCAACGAAACCGGAGACUGUACGCAGGUGUACUCCACAGGUAACUUCACCUGCCUGGAGGUGGUGUUCACCUUCAAGCGGCGGCUGGGGUACUACCUCUUCCACACCUACAUCCCCACCUGCCUCAUCGUGAUCAUGUCGUGGAUCAGCUUCUGGAUCAAGCCGGAGGCGGUGCCGGCCAGGGUCACUCUGGGGGUCACGUCACUCCUCACACUCUCCACUCAACACGCCAACUCUCAGAAGUCCCUCCCUCCCGUCUCCUACAUCAAGGCCAUAGAUAUGUUCAUGUCGUCGUGCACGGUGUUCGUGUUCCUCUCGCUGAUGGAGUACGCCACGGUCAACAUCAUCCUGGGGGACAUGGUCGACCAGAAGCCGCAAGAGGAAACCUUCAUGAGACGGAUUACCCGCAAGCUCACUCUCCGUCGUCCCAGAGCUCAGACGAACCGUAGGCGGAACGGCGGCGACGUGACUCUCCAGGAGGCCGAGAACGGGGGAUUGAGGGAUCCCGAAGGAGAGCCGAGGAUUAUGCCUGCAGGUCCAUCUCUUCCCCACUCCCAUCACCAGCAUCCACACCACGCCCCAGCGCCUCCACCUCCUCCUCCCCCACCAGGAGCCCUCGGCAUGAUCGCCAAGUACGGUUCGACGCCCAACAUUCCACGCUCAAUGGCGACUGAGAUGAAGGAGGCCCGGGAGAAGGCCAUCCUGGUAGACCGCUUCUCCAGGGUUCUUUUCCCUCUCAGUUUUACCGUUCUUAACCUCCUGUACUGGGCUGUUUACUUCGAGUGGUAACUGACCCAGCAACUGGGCUGCCCACUUCGAGUCCACAUCAACAAAGCCUGCCUACUUCGAUUGAUAACUACUACCCAUCAACUUGGCUCCUAUUUCGAGCGGAAACUAUCUCCAUCAGCUUUUCUGCCAGCUGCAAGUGAUACAGACGCCGCUUCGACUGGGCUGUGCACUUUGAGUUGUAGCUGUCUCCGUCAUCAAGGCUGUCUGCCUCGAGUGGUAACUGUUCCCAUUAGCUGGGCUGCCUACUUCGAGUGGUACCUGCCUCGUCAUCUGUACUGCCUACUUCAAGUGAUGACCAUCUCAGCUAAUCUACUUCGAACGGUAGCUGCCUCAGGCUGAUGAACUAUUUCGAGUGGUCAUUACUUUCAUCACUCAUCUGUUAACUUCGUGAAUAACUUCCCCUUCUGCUGGUCCAUCUGCUUCAAGAGACUUCUUCUCUUUAACAUCUUAUCUGUCAUUAUGAAUUAACACCCUAUGGAUGAGACACAAAUUCUCAAGCCUUAGAUUUAAUGACCUAGCUGGUGUCAUCACUGCUCCCUGGAACACUCCCGGCGACUUCUCCCUCACUACCCACCGUCCUCCCGGAGGACGGUGGGUAGUGAGGGACGAUGGGGUCGGGUAACCACCUUCACAACAUCAGUAUGAGGACUAGUAACUUUUCUUAUACAAAUUUAUCUUAUUGCUACUAUAGUAGCAAUAAGGGAGGAGGAGGAGGGAUAUAUCCCUCCUCCUCCUCCUCCUCCUCCUCCUCCUCCUCCUCCUCCUCCUCCUCCUACUCUUUCUGCUACAAACUUUCCUCCUUAUGUAAUUAAUAAUUUACGUGAUUAUAUAACAAUAAUAUAAUUGUCUAACAAAAAAUUCCAAUUAUAAAAUUCAAACUAAAUUGUCUUUAUCACAUGAUGAUAAGAACAAUGUACAAAACGUUCAGCCCCCAGCCCCUUCUCACCCCCCCCCCCCCCCCCCCACUUUGAUACGAGUUUCCCUAUUUGUCACAAGUAAAACUAACGAGGAAAUUUUGGGUUUUGAGACGGAGUCUGAGUUAAUGUAGAUGACAGAACAGGUGUCCCUCUCACCUUUCUACCCCAGUAGACCCCCUAAUUACACUUACAUGAUUCAUCAUGUAAGUGGUAAGUGACUUGUCCAGAAUCAUUUAACCAUUAGUCUCUAUCAUUUUUCCCAUACCCAAACGCCCGAGUGAAGAAAAUCACAUUAGUAGCCUACGUUAAGCUGCUUCACGACAUUCAUUGCAAAAUGUUUCAUUAAGGAAAGUGAAAAAAACAAAAAUGUCUUCAUACAGAUGUAACAGUAACUGGAAAUAAUUUCUUUCUAAGAUAUUCGUGCUUGUAAUGGGACUCGACGACUGUCUUUUGGUGAGACUGUAGUGACGUUACUGACCCUGACACGGUACGAGCAGGCCAGAGGAAGUGUAGUUGGCGAGGUAUACCCUUUUUCUGAGAUGUGUAAGAGUGAGCCGGGGUGCUGUACCAGUGUGACAGAUGGACCUCCAGAUGGUGCGUCGAGAGACACAGAAUGACCGUAACAGGAGUCGUGACUCCUCGUGGAAGGUGUAACCGGCUUGAAAACCGACCACACUUGAGUCUCUGUCAGUUGUAUGUGGGACAGAUUGAUGCUUAUGAUGAGUACCUUAACAGUCGAGUUGAAUAUAAAAUAUUUGAAAAAAAAAAACUGAAAUUGUGUCAAAGGACUGCUGUUAAUAGUGAAAUAUCUGUGGUUGCGGAACUUCGAAGGUCAUAUACAUACAGAUAUAUCAUAGUGCAACCCAUUCUCUGCAUCAGACACUCAGUAAAAACUGCAACUGUUUUGCCUAAUAAGAAACGUACAAACCCAAGCAACCCACCUAACCUAUCAUGAUCGAUGCGGAGAAAAACGUCGAUACAACUACGAUUUCAUUUGUAUUAACACGUCGAAUAUUUACCGAACUGGUCAAUUCCGUUAAAAAUUACGAUGUAUUAAGUGAGAAAUCGGGUUGAAUAGUGAUGUGGUCGUGUAGGGUUAUCUUCCCUUUAGAGACGAGCCCUUGUGCCGAGGGAGAGGUAGACUUCAAGCA